AUGCACACACUCACGACGGCAUUUCAACAGGUUCUCGCAGCCCAGCAGGGCCCUGUCGGUGUGGAGGGGAGCCCCUGUCACCGCCCCAACCCCGCGGAGGGCCACCCCGCCGCCCACGUUGCCCUCACCUCUCCCGCUGCCGCGGUCCCGGGCGAGGGCCCUUCGGGCAGGACGGCGGCGCGGAGGCGACUCAGGACAACAGCGCGGUUGCCACGGCGCCGAGGGCGGGCGGCGGCGGAAGGGGCGAGGCGCGGCUCCCUUCCCUCGGGAGAGCGGGUCCUCGCGGUGGCUGUCCCGGGACAGCCCUGCCCACCCCCAGCCCAAGCACCCUCCGCCUUCCCUGGCGCCAUUUCCAACGCCGGGGACACACCGCGACUUCAAGGCCACCUCAGCACCCUAAAUUCGGGCCCGCACCCCCGGGGCGUCAGCCAGCGCCCUGCUCAGCUCCCUGCGGACCCGGUGGUUUCACGGCCGGAGUUGGCCGGCCCCGGCGCCUGCACCUUCGACUCCCGGCACCUCUACACCAAGAAGGUCUGCGGCGAGGGCUCCAUCCGCGCCGUCUCCUACAACAUCCUGGCCGACACCUACGCCCAGACGGAGUUCUCCCGCACGGUGCUCUACCCCUACUGCGCCCCGUACGCCCUGGAGCUCGACUACCGGCAGAACCUGCUGAAGAAGGAGCUGGCGGGCUACAGUGCCGACCUCAUCUGCCUCCAAGAGGUGGAUAAGUCCGUCUUCGUGGACAGCUUGGCUCCAGCCCUAGAUGCUUUUGGACUCGAAGGGCUCUUCAAGAUUAAGGAGAAGCAGCACGAAGGCCUGGCCACUUUCUACCGCAGGGACAAGUUCAGCCUCCUUAGCCAGCACGACAUAGCUUUCAGCGAAGUCCUGCUCUCGGACCCGCUGCACAAGGAGUUGUGUGAUAAGCUGGCCAAGUACCCUUUGGUACAGGAGAAGGUGCUGCAGAGGUCGUCUGUGCUGCAGGUUUCAGUUCUUCAGUCUGCAACUGAUCCUUCCAGGAAGAUUUGUGUAGCUAAUACCCACCUAUACUGGCACCCAAAAGGUGGGAACAUCCGUCUCAUCCAAACUGCUGUAGCCUUGUCUCACAUCAAGCAUGUAGCAUGUGACUUGUAUCCUAGUAUACCAAUCAUAUUCUGUGGAGAUUUCAAUAGUAUACCAUCAUCUGGAACUUAUAGUUUUAUUAGCAGUGGUGUCAUUGCUGAAGAUCACGAAGACUGGGUCUCCAAUGGUGAAGAAGAAAGGUGCAAUAUGCCUCUAAGCCAUCCUUUCAAAUUGCUAAGUGCUUGCGGAGAACCUGCUUAUACAAACUACGUUGGUGGGUUUCAUGGAUGUCUGGACUACAUUUUCAUUGACAAAAAUGCUUUAGAGGUUGAACAGGUCAUUCCGUUGCCAAGUCAUGAAGAAGUAACAACCCAUCAGGCUUUGCCAAGUGUUUCACAUCCUUCUGAUCAUAUAGCACUAGUAUGUGACUUGAAGUGGAAAUAGAUCACCUCUUGUAUGGGGCUUUUGGGGGUGUUCAAACAAGAAGCUUAAGUUACUGCUGGGGAACUGAGGU